UAGAGAGGUUUAACAGAUUCCUUGUAUUGUGGAUACAGAGUGUCCACUCUCAUCCAUGUUACACUGUCUUUUUUUGUUUAGUUUUGUUUAUUUCAUCUUUUUUCCAUCAGUACUUCCAUCAUACACUUUUGAUUUCUCUACUUUAGCUUUAUCACACUUUUCUUGUCCACCUUCAUCUUUUUUCUUACCCUUCUUAAUACCACUCCCUCCCUUUUUCUUCUCUCUUAACUCCCAACUCUGGAUGCGUAAUGCACUACUCUAAUCCUGCAACUCGAGAGAUCACUUGGAGAGCUCACUUUGGUCUUUUCAAAAUUCUCCGUAUAUCACUCUAAUAAUGGCUGGAGAACAAACUGAGGGAAAAAGUUUCUUUGUUGCCUUACUUCUCAUUUUUAGUCACGUUUGUAACUGUUCAGGAACCUCGGUAGGCUUCUCUUAUGAUGCAACACAAAAUAACUUUGAAGCAUGGUCGCCGGAAGAAACACUAGCCUUUGUUCAAAAGAACAACAUAUCAUCGCAAUUUAGAGUAUUUCAUUCCAAGGCAGAAGCCUAUUUAGAUUCAUUCUCCAACACUCAAAUCCCCAUCAAUUUCUUUCUGAAUCCUAUUGAACCCAAAAGUCUCAUCUCAUGGCUUGAAACCCACACGCUAAAACAUCUCCCUCGCUUGAACAUAAACACCAUUGUAGUUAAUACCACAAAACAUGACUUCACUUCCCUCCUCCAUAUAUUUAACUCAAUCCAUUCAGUGUUGGAAAAAUUCGACCUUGACGAAAAAAUAGAAGUUUCUUUUAGGUUCUCUCUCAGUGACCUUGAGAAAAACCUCCCAAGCAUGAUGAGGCUUGUAAAUAAAACCAAUUCAUCGAUAUUUAUUGAGACUUUCGUGGGUAGAGAUCGAAACUUAGGAGAUGGAUUUGUUCAUUCCGUUCUCGAAAGAGCUCUUUAUAUUUGUUCUUUUCUUCUUCCCUAUCCUGAAAUCCCUUUAUUCCUCAAUGUCAAGAGUUCGAUAGUCCCUAGUGGCGCAGAAAUGGCUGAAUUCACUGAGAAACUGGAAAAAUCUAUAGACAACCAUCCUGAGGUUAAAAAUAGGAUUUCUGCUCUAUUCAUCGACAUAUCCUCUAUAUCCAAAGCUAAGUUUCUUGACGAGAAAACCACAAUGAUUCAUGACAUUUUCCCUCCAAUUACCGUUCCAAGCACAGAACCGCCGCCAAAUACCGUUACUAUUCCACCCACCAAUCCAGCUACUUUUCCUACCAAUUCGCCGAUCACAAAUCCAACCACAAAUCCUACAACAACCUCAGUCCCAUAUCCUUACCCAAAUCCUACAAUCCCCCCUCCAAUCACAUAUCCUUACACAAAUCCUACAAUCCCUCCAUUCACGAGUCCCGCCACAAAUCCUACAAUCCCCCCUCAAUUCACAAAUCCCACCACCAAUCCCGUCACGUAUCCAGUAACAAACCCUACAAACCCCGUAACGACCCCAAUAACAAACCCAGUCAACCAACCGGUGACAAAUCCGGUAACAACAUAUCCAUUUCCCCCGCCAACGGGCACAGUGCCUGUAACACCUGCAACCGCGGUACCAACGGGCACAGUGCCCGUUACGCCUGUUGUUGGAUCAGGGCAGACUUGGUGCGUGGCGAGGAGCGAUGUGCCAGAGAAUGCGCUUCAGAAUGCACUUGAUUAUGCUUGUGGGAUUGGAGGUGUGGAUUGUUCCGCCAUACAGAUGACAGGGGGCUGCUAUAAUCCGAAUAGUUUACAAGCUCAUGCUUCGUAUGCUUUUAAUAGUUACUAUCAGAGGAAUCCAGUGCCAAGUAGUUGUGAUUUUGGAGGGACGGCUACGCUUGUAACUACUAAUCCGAGUAGUGGAACUUGCAACUUCCCAUCAUCAUCGAGUUCUGGUUCCAGCGUGAACCCCAGCCUGAAUCCCGGCAUUAACCCUGGCCAGAAUCCUGGCAUGAGUCCUGGCUUGAAUCCAGGCAUUAAUCCUGGCAUGAAUCCGGGCCUGAAUCCUGUCUCGAAUCCUACUUAUGGCUCAGGCACGGGAUCCACAGGUAUCGGCACUGCACCCAGCGGUGUGAAUCCUACUUUUGGCUCAAGUUCUGGUUCAGGCUCAUCGGUUCUAAAUACUAACUCUGAUGGCUCCAAUACAGUUUUUGGUUCGGAUAAUCCCACGGGCUCAUUCAACAGAAGCUCGUCGGUUCAUCCUGGAGUCUGGAUUUUGUUUGCAAUCGUGUUCACUGUGUUGAAGCUUAUUCUAUAACAUCUGAUAGAACUUGUACUAGAGAGUUUGAAACAGCUACAGUGAAACUAGUGUAGAUGUGUAAAUUAAGGGAUUUGGUUGUAGAAAUCUAGCUUGCUGUUUGUAUUGAUAGUUUCUGAUUUGGUUUUUAGAUAAAUUAAAGAGUGUUCAUUAUAUGUA